AUGGUAACUGAGUUUGGGUUUUGUAGCGGAAACCCAACCCCGAUUUGCAGAAAAGAUGAAAAGCAGGCCUUGCUGUGCUUCAAGAAGGGGUUAAAGGAUCCAUCCAGUCGGCUUUGGUCUUGGGUUGAUAUUGAUGGAGACUACGAUUGUUGUAGUAAAUGGGAUGGAGUUGUGUGCAACAACGUAACUGGCCAUGUCACUGAGCUCCACCUCGCCAAUCCCGCUCCAGGCAAUGGCAGUUCAGCUUUUGGCGGUGAACUAAGUUCCUGUUUGCUGGAAUUGAAACAACUAAGUCACCUGGACCUUAGCGGAAAUGAUUUUGAAGGAACUCCCAUCCCAGGCUUCCUAGGAUCUCUACUAAAUCUAGAAUAUCUCGAUCUAUCAGAAGCUGGAUUCGAAGGUGACAUUCCUCAUCACCUGGGAAAUCUUACAGGUUUACACAUGUUGAGUAUUCGCGGCAUUGCUUACUCUCUUGGUGGUCUCAAAGUUGAUAGCCUGGAAUGGUUAUCAAGUCUUUCCAAUCUCCAGCAACUGGACUUGAGCUAUGUGGAUCUAAGCAACGCACUCAACUGGGUAGAGGUCACUUCUGCUCUUCCUUCUUUACAUCACCUUAGUUUCUCUGGUUGUAGUCUUGCUAACAUAUCCCCUUCACUUCAUCAUCCCAACAACUAUUCCUCCCUUUUGGUCCUGGACCUUUCUCUUAAUACCUUCAAUUAUUUUCUCCCUAAAUGGAUUUUCAAUCUCAACACCCUCGUUUCUCUUGACCUGCGUGAAAGUAGUUUUCUGGGUCCCCUACCUGAUACUGGUCCUUGGAACUUUUCAUCUCUUGAAGCCCUUCACAUCUCUUUUAAUCUUCUCGGCGGGUCUUUACCCAGUCAUGCAAACUUGCCUAAGCUCAAAGUAUUUGACACUUCUCUUAACAUGUUCAAUUCUAGCUUGCCACAGUGGAUAUUUAGGUGUAAAGAAUUACAAAAGCUUGAUCUUCAAGCUAACCUGUUUUCAGGCCCUGUUCCUAGUAGUGUGGGGGAAAUGAAAAGGCUAAGAUAUCUUGAUCUUUCUUCAAAUGAAUUGAGUUCUACCAUACCAAGUUGGAUUUAUGAAUGCCCUGAGUUGACCCAUCUUGAUCUUGGUUACAACCAAUUUCAGGGCACCAUUUCGAAUUCCAUUUCCAACUUGACUUCUUUGGCUUACUUCAGUGUCUCUAAUAAUAACAUGCUUAGUGGAGAAGUGUCUAAAAAGAUGGGAAAACUUUGCGAGCUAAAGUGGCUUUCUCUGUCAGUAAACAAGUUUUCUGGAUUAAUUUCUGAGUUGUUCCAAAGUAUGUCUGGGUGUGUUUUGUAUGGAUUAGUGGGUUUGCAUCUAGACAAUAAUCAGUUUUCAAGCCCAAUGUUUGAGAGCUCAUUAACAUUUCCAUCAUUGACAAGUUUGGGCCUGGGAGGUAACAAGAUAAAUGGAACACUUGGUGAAAGUUUGGGGAAAAUGUUUCCAAUGUUGCGAUCUUUGGAUAUUUCCAAUAACAUUUUAGAAGGUGUUGUGACCCAAAACCACUUUGUUAAUCUAAAAGGGUUGGUGUCCUUCCAUGCAUCUGGAAAUAGAUUAACAUUGAAAGUGAGCUCCAAUUGGCUACCUCCCUUCAAGCUCAAGAAGCUUGGGCUGGGAAGUUGGCACUUGGGUCCUCAAUUUCCAAUUUGGUUGCAGUCACAAAAACAGAUUUCUAAGGUGGAUAUAUCUAAUGCUGGAAUCAAAGGUGAAGUUCCAACUUGGUUUUGGAACUUAUCCUCCCAAAUGUCUCUCCUCAAUCUGUCUCAUAACCUAUUUUGUGGUCCAUUGCCUCAAACAUCACUUGCCAAAACCAAAUUAUUGGACUUGUCAAACAAUUUCUUCUCGGGAAAUGUUGUUCGUUUCUUAUGCCAUCCUCAAAAUGGAUCGAACAGGCUUAAGAGGCUUUAUCUGAGAAGAAACGAUUUAUCCGGUCAAAUUCCUGAUGAUUGUUUGAGUAAUUGGCCAGCAUUGCAAGUUUUAGACAUGGCAAAGAAUAAUUUGAGUGGAAGAAUUCCCAAAUCUGUUGGGCUUCUAAAGUCAUUGUCAUCAUUGGAGUUUCAUGGAAACAAACUUUUUGGCAAUAUACCUUCAUCUCUACAAAAUUGCACCAAUUUAUUCAAACUUGACUUGGGUGAAAAUGAACUAGAAGGGAGUAUUCUAAGUUGGCUUGGGAGUUCAUCACUUUAUUCUAGUUUAGUUAUUCUAAGGCUUCGUUCAAAUAAGUUCCAUGGUGAAUUGCCUCCAGAUCUUUGCCAGCUUAAAUAUCUUCAGAUAUUGGACGUUGCUAAUAACAACAUCAUCGGUAGCAUUCCGAGGUGUCUUAACAAUCUCACGUCAAUGGUCGAGCAGAAUGAGAUUGAUUUUGGAGAAAUGGAUACUUUAACAAAAAUAUUCUUGGGAGAAAGUGCUACAGUGAUCACUAAAGGGCAAGAGUACCAAUACUCUACCAUUAUAUUGGUGUUGUUUGCAAGUUUUGAUCUUUCAAACAACAAUUUUUCUGGGGAAAUACCUGUGGAGCUGACCACUUUACUGGAAUUAAGAUCCUUGAACUUAUCAAGAAAUAAGUUGACAGGAAACAUUCCCAAGGAAAUAGGAAACAUGAAGCAAUUAGAAUCCAUUGAUCUAUCAAGAAACCAUCUUUCUGGAGAAAUUCCCUACAGUCUCUCAAAUCUCAACUUUCUGAGUUACUUGAAUUUGUCUUAUAACAAUCUGUCUGGGAAGAUCCCUACUGGUACUCAACUUCAAAGCUUCAAUGCAUCUUGUUAUGUUGGUAACAAUCUUUGUGGGCCUCCUCUCCUUGGAUGUAGCAAUGAUGAUGAUGUUCCUGAUGAAGAAGAAGACAGAGGAGAUGAUUUUGAGGCAAAGUGGUUUUAUAUUAGCAUGGCUAUAGGAUUUGUUGUGGGAUGGUGGGGCAUCUGGGGACCUUUGUUUGUUGUGAAAUCUUGGAGGUAUGCUUAUUUUCAGUUUAUAGACAAUAAGUUAAAGUCUCUUUCAAAAUGGUUUGGAUAG